AUGAGUCAAAAACCAUCAGAGGCACCUUCUAAAGUAUUGGACCCGCCCAAAGAUACUCCGUUCACACCAGCAGAACUUGCAAAGUUUGACGGUUCAGAUUCAUCUGCUCCAGUUUACCUUGCUGUUAAAGGCACAGUAUUUGAUGUUAGUGAAAAACGCAACCUUUAUGGACCAAAUGAAGACGCUGUUGCAGAUUAUAGUACAUUAGAUGAAUCUCAAUUAAAGGUUUUGGAUGAUUGGUUUAAUCGUUUUAGUAAAAUUUAUAAUAUCGUAGGCAAAGUUGUUUAA